GUCCAGCCUGCCCCCGUGCGUCUGACGUCAUCGACGUCGAACGGGACUGUUUGUUCUGGAUUUGGGGCGAGGAAGGUCUGCGAGCGCUGACAACCGACUGAAGAAGGUGACACUCGGUCCUCUCUCGGUGUGUGUUGUCGUUUCCUUGCCCCCACAGCGAGUCACCGUCGAACCGCCGGUCUUACCUCAGAAGAUCGCUGCCUCCCGACUGAGAUAUGAUCACACAAUUGAAUUAGAUCGCGGCUGCACGGAGACAAACAUAGAGACGAGUGAGGAGUGUAAUGGCCUGAGGGGGCUCCCCCCGGUCCCACCUGCCCCUGCCAGGUCAAAUCCGCCUAAACUGUCCGCUAAGCCACUGCAACCCACCACUGCGAUGGGAGACGGCCUGGAGGCAGGCAGCAGCCAGAACCCUCCCUCUGACCCACCACCUCUCCCCUUCAACCCUCCAGCCCCUGAAACAUGGAAUCCCUCCAGACCCAAACGACAGACCAAUCAGCUACAGUACCUGCUUAAAGUAGUGAUGAAGACAUUAUGGAAACACCACUUUGCAUGGCCCUUCCAUGCUCCUGUAGAUGCCAUCAAACUCAAUUUGCCUGACUACUAUAAGAUCAUCAAGGUCCCCAUGGACAUGGGCACGAUAAAAAAACGUCUGGAGACCAAUUACUACUGGAACGCCCAGGAGUGUAUCCAAGACUUCAACACGAUGUUCACAAAUUGCUACAUCUACAACAAGGCUGGGGAUGAUAUUGUGUUAAUGGCGGAGUCCUUGGAAAAGCAGUUUCUCCAGAGGAUCACAGAGAUGCCGCAAGAGGAGACGGAGAUUCCCGUGACAUCCAAGGGACGGCGCGGAGGCAGACGAGAGGCCGCUCUGAUCUCUAAGUCAGAUUCAGGCAAAGACUCACCAACCCUCUCCCCUAACCCCCACACACGAGGCUUUUCAUCCCCUCCAACCACCCCGCAGACCCAUGCCUCAUCCACCCCUCAAGGCCCUCCCGCCCUGCCUCUGGCCCAGCCUCAGCCCCCACGCGUGCCUCCUACACCCACCUCCCACGCACCCCAUCUGGGACCCCCUUACCCACUCUCAACACCAGACGUCCUGGCCCAGAGCAUGACCUCUGUCCCCCCUCCGGCCCCGACACACCCAGGCCUCCACCCUACCCCGAUGCUGCAGAGCUCCCCCGCCCUCAUCAAGCAAAGGAAGAGCCAGAAGAGGAAAGCAGACACCACCACACCCACAGCCAACGACCAGCUCAGUGAAUCAUCUCCCGUCUCUGUUGACACUCGGCCGCGCCGAGACAGCAGUCGCCCGUUAAAGCAGGCCAAAAAAGACGCGUUGCAGCCGGACUCUCAGCACCACCUGGGUGGCGGUUUGGAGACGGGAGGGACAUCAACGCCCAAGCGUCAUGAACAGUUGCGUUCCUGCGCACGCCUUGUCAGAGAGAUGCUGUCCAAGAAACACGUAGCAUACGCCUGGCCCUUCUACAAGCCUGUUGACGUAAAAGCUCUUGGCCUCCAUGACUACCAUGAAAUCAUCAAGCAUCCCAUGGACCUCAGCACCAUCAAGAAAAAGCUGGACAACAGACAGUACAGAGACGCUCAAGAAUUUGCAGCAGACGUCAGGUUGAUGUUCUCUAAUUGUUACAAGUAUAAUCCACCAGACCAUGAUGUGGUCGGCAUGGCACGUAAAUUACAGGACGUGUUUGAGAUGCGUUUCGCCAAAAUGCCUGAUGAGCCAGAGGAGCCCGCCCCUGUUCCCACCCCAUCAUCGGCCCUCCACCCUGCCCCCUCCACUCGACAAGCCCCGCCUCCUUCCGUUGUCUCGGAAGAUGACAGCUCCAGUUCCUCCGAAUCGGAGUCCUCGGCGGGAGACUCAGAACAUGAAAGGCAACACCGAUUGGCUGAGUUACAGGAACAGCUGAAGGCUGUCCACGAGCAGCUGGCCGCACUCUCCCAGCCGCAGGUCAGCAAGCCUAAGAAGAAAGAGAGGGAAAAGAAGGAGAAGAAGAAAGAAAAGCACAAGAAGAAGAUGGGAGCAGAGGAACCUGUGGAGGCCCCUCCCUCUGUGAUGCUUCAGACUUCCAAGAAAAGCAAGAGCAGCAAAGAGCCAAUCAUUGUAAAGAAGGACAGGAAGAAGCCCGGUAAGAAAGAAGGAGUUAAAAGCAGUCGUCCAGCUGUGCCCCCUCAGACCGGGCCGACCCCUCUCGUCCCCUCAGCCUCUCUUGAAGCAGGAGAUGACAUAGAUGUGUUCGGGGGCGUGUCCACCGACAGGUGCAAGCCGAUGUCGUACGAGGAGAAGCGUCAGCUGAGCCUGGACAUCAACAAGUUACCCGGUGACAAACUGGGCCGCGUCGUUCAUAUAAUCCAGACGCGCGAGCCUUCGCUGAAGAACUCCAACCCGGACGAGAUCGAGAUCGACUUCGAGACGCUGAAGCCCUCCACGCUGAGAGAGCUGGAGAAAUACGUCUCCAGCUGCCUCAGGAAGAAGAAAAAGCCGUCAGUAGAGAAGCCUCUGGAAAUGACAAAUGUGACAAAGAUGAAGACGGGAUCUUCGUCUUCAGGCAGCAGUGACUCCUCUGAUAGUGAAGACUCUGAGAAUGGGCUGGUUCCCAAGCUGCAGAAGAAGACCUCGACUAACAAGGACACCAAGAGACCGCACCACCAGUCCCUCAGUAGCGUAGCUGGCCCAGUAGCUCCUCAGCUUCAACCUCCAACGCAGCCUCAAGUAGUCCAGUCCAAACCACCGUUUGUCCCUCCUCCUCCUGUCCCUGUCCCUGUCCCUUCUCUGGACUCCUCCCAGCUGUUCGAUCCUCUGGCCCACUUCAUGAACCCUCACCUGACGCAGCCCAACACGGAGCCCAACCCAACCAUUACUACUGCUGGUGCCCCCGUCGCCUCUGGCCUCCUCAAUGCAAACACACCCACCGGCCAGACGCCCACUGAGACGCACCCUUUCCUCAACCAACAUCCCAUCAUACCUUCACCAGCGAUCCACAAUGCUCUUCCCCAGCAACCAUCGAGACCUAGCAACCGCGCGGCGCCACUGCCUCCCAAAAUCUCACAGCCUCCCCCGUCCUCGCUCCCCUCUCUGCCUCCAUCCUCCUCACCCCAACUCCAGCCCUCGCUCCCGCUCUCCCUCCCCCAGCCCGUCCCCCGCCCGCGCGUACCCUCACCCCCGUCGCACGGCAUCCUGGGUACCCUCUCGGCGCAACCGCCCCAAGCCCUGCUGGAGGACGACGAAGAGCCUACGCCCACCAGUUCCGAAACCCCGCCCCUCAGUCAGGUCCAAACCUUCCUGCAGUCGCUCCAAGUUCGACCACCGGUGCAGACCCAGCCGCUGCACACGCACUCUCCCGUGCAGAGCGCCUCUCAGCUGGUGGCGUCGAUGCACACGCAGGCUGUGACGACACCCGCCCCUGCUCUGACGCAGAGGCACAGCUCAGGCCACACGCACAUGCAGCAGCCGUUCCCAAACACGCACACCUCAGCGUUGCAGCAACAGAAGGGGGUGGCCCUGCAGCAGAAGGUACAGCAGAUGCAGCAACAUCAACAACAGCCCUCACCACGCAGCAAAGCAGAGCAUUUCUCAACAGGUUGCCUGCGUGAGAGCCCCUCUCCCCUGAUGAUGCAUUCUCCUCAGAUGCCUCAGUUCCAUACAAUGGGACAGCAGUCUCCCUCACAGAUCAAGAAACAUGACCCAAGGUCCAACCUGGUCGGAGUCAAAGAAGAGAAACCUUCCCAGUCGCCAGUGCUGCCCCCCUCCCCAUUCAGCCCUGCCAUGCGUCUGGACACACACAAACCUGAUAACAAACACAGAUUAGAUCUGAAGCCAUUGGAUGGUUCUCGCCCUGGUCCCCGCCUCCCAGACUCCCCGGCGCCACCCUGCUCCCAGCAAGACAACAAAAUCAAGCAAGAGCCUAAAACUCCCAUCGCUCCUAAGAAGACACAGGAUGUGAAAUUAAAGAACAUGGGUUCUUGGGCCAGCCUCGCUCAGAGGUCUCAAUCCACGCCGGCGUCCUCCGUUCGCUCCUCCAGCGACAGCUUCGAACAGUUCCGACGGGCCGCCAGGGAGAAGGAGGAGAGAGAGAGACAGCUGAAAGCUCAGGCCGAACAAGCCAGGAGAGAACAAGAAAAGCUACGCCGUGACGACGAGGACUCCAUGGAGCAAGCUCGUCGGGCGCAAGAAGACGCCCGCCGUCGCCAGGAGCAACAGUCACCGCUCACUCCCACGCCUCUGGCUUCUACCCCGCCCACUCACUCCCCACAGGCCCCACCCAGCCAGCCACAAGCCCCGCCCCCGUCCUCCUCAGCCGCACAGAACGCUCUCGACCAGCAGAGGGAGAUGGCACGCCGCCGCGAGCAGGAGAGGCGCAGGAGAGAGGCGAUGGCCGACACCAUUGACAUUAACUUCCAGAGCGACCUGAUGGCUAUUUUCGAAGAGAACCUGUUCUGAGAGGGAAGGGAGGAUGAUGGGAACGAGAGAAGGACCUGUACACACAUAAGCAAAUUUACAAAAUGCAUAUAGACCACAAUGCUCUGAUACACACGGUCGCUGCUCACAUUAAUGUACACACACACACACACACACACACACACACACACACAGACUUAAUAGUAACUGUCCCUUUCUCUCAGUAGUUGAAACAGCUGGCUUGUGUCAUGUGAAUGAGAGGGGGGGAAGUGUCAUCGAAAACAAGCAACCCUCUUUCCUCCAACCUCAGAUACGUUUUGGUGUCUGGCUUGGUGUUUAUGGUUGUUGGUUCCGGGUCUCCGGGGAAGACCGGUUGAAAACGGACACUGAAAUAAUGCGAUUGUCGGCUCCCCCGUCCCACGUGGAGUAAAACGAGGAAGGCAGAGUGAAAAAAAAAAGGAGGGGGACAGAACUUUUACAUUUAAAAAAAAAAAAAAAUAAUAGUGUUGAAGAGGAGGAUUUUAAUUUAAGAAAAUUACGUGAAAAUUAUGAAAACCUUAUUCUCUAAUGUCUGAGAGGAGGAGAAAGGGGGUUUAAAAGGAACAAAUUACAAACGGAUAGAUCACUCUUGUUUUUGUUGUUUCCUCUCUCUCUCUCUCUCCUAAUCUUGUCUCUUUGUAUUUUAAGUUGGAUUUUAACUGGGAGGGGUGGGCUGGUGCGGUCUAGUUUGUCAGGUCCAAGCGGUCAUCUUGAGAGUCUGUUGUUUUCUCAGGACACAGCGGGAACGAAACACCCCCGGGCCACAUUCACACACUUUUCAAAGACAUCCUUCCUCCUUUCACUUCCUUCUACUUCUCUCUCUCUCUCUCUUCAGUCACUAAGCGCGGAGGCUUCGGCGAUGUGACCUUCGACAAGAGAGGGCGAUGAGGAAGGAACGGUGGCGUUUUUGAAAGUUUCAGAGUGUGUCCUUUGCCUUUUAAACGCUCUGGCCUGUAAGCUAAAUGAUCACACCCUACAAAUUAUACAUAUUAUAUAUAAAUAGAUACAUGAAUAUAUAUUAUAUACGACGAAACGUCAACGAAAAAGAACAUGAGAGGAAUUUGGAUUGCGGGGAGCAAAGCUCGUCUCUGUGUUCAUCUCUGAGCUCUGGUUUUGAUUUUGUAGAAUUUACUGUAAAGAAGAAAAAAAAACUUUUUUAUGAUUCUAUUGAGAGGAUUGUUUCGUCUGUCUUAUUCUCUCUCAUACCUUUUCUGUUUUUGUUGUUUUGUUUUGUUUUUUUUUUUCUCUCGACUCUAUGCCAAAACCAAUCUCUUGAGUGCUGAAAGUUCAUUCACAUUUUGUACAUGUAAAAUGCAUCUUCUUUUCACUUUAUAUUAAAGGCUAUGUUUUUAUUGCUAUUUAAUUUUCCUUUAUCCCUUUUAAAUCUGAGGUUCUGCAGCAGUUUGCUCUGUAAUAGUUUGAAGAAGCGGUUCCAAAUCAUUGUAUGGCACUACUUUUACUAGGCCCCAUCAUUCUGUAGCUGUUUGAUCUAUCUGCACUUAACCGUUUCAUUACUUACAUCUUCUUACUCCCCUCUUUGUCUUUUUUUUUUUUUUUUAAAUUUCCUUUCAUCAUGUACAUGUUUUUAGUCUUUCAUAGCCGUCUCGUCCACAACUAUCUUCUUCACAGCUCCUUCAGUUUGUAUAAUAGGUUCUUGUUUGUCAUUCUGUCUUUUAGUUUUUAUUUUUAAAAUGUUUCCACUGUGGAUGGUGACAGUUUUUUGGGAUGUCAUGUGCCAUUGUGUUUUUCUGGAAGCGGGAGGUUUUCCCGCUUUCUAUAGGUUGGCCCAGAGAUCCAUGAGUGUUUAUCAAUUCUAUAAUCACUUUUUUUAAUGUUUCAUUAAUUUCUUUUCCCCUUUUCAUAUUUGAUUGUUUUGAGUUUAUUUUGUUUUCUUUUUCCUUUGCUAUUUUUCUCUGAUUUAUUUUACCCAGAACAACCUGUUGGUAUGUUGGUGAGUGAGGCAUUGAGGUCAAUAGAUUCAUCUUGUUCAGAUUAUGGAGUACAACAUCUUUUUUUAAGAAAAGUAUUAAAAUAAUACUUAAAAAAAACUUAA